AAAUUUUUCGCUCCAACGGUUUUUUCCUUAGCGGGCGCGCCUCUCGCUCGUUUUGGGCAACUGAUGGAUUGAAAUACUUUCAACAUCACACAGCAUUGACAACGCAUCGUCUGAUAGCGAGGAAGCACGUUAUUUUAGGGGUGGUGAAUCUUGACGCUCAUCAACCUUCUCAGGACAUCUAUCAAAGCCACCAGACAAGUCAUUCCCCGUGACGCCUUUUCGCGCGAAUACACCUGACUCUCGACGCGCUAUGUGGUUUGCUUCGGCCCUGUUGGCGUUGUUGCCAUUCUGCGUCGGUGAGUAGAUCUGGGGAGGUAAAGAAGGGCGACCCAGCGUGGUAUCGAUGGACCAUCUGCCGUCUCUAACAUUUUCGUCAGGCCAGCUCGCCGUGUCGUCCAAUUUCUGGCCCAUAUCUCAGCCUACACCUGAUGUCCCGUGGAUCAUCAACGGGACCAACUAUGUCUCCUGGAUAUGCGGUGGAGCCAGUGGUAUCCCGUCGUUUGAUAUCCAGCUCUUGAAUCACAACAAGAGUAUCAUGGUUGGUUUCAUCCCCAUCGCUUUGCGAGUACCUAUGGCGCGUCUGCCGACGGGGCAGAAGAACUUUGGAGGCGAGUUGCAGAUCGAGCUGGGUGAAGACAUUCCCACCGGGGAUGGCUUCUCGCUCGUGUUUUUGUCCAGUUUGCACGGUCAAGUGUAUGCCAAAUCCAAACCUUUCUCAAUCCUCCCCGCCGCACCGAGCAACUACACCGAGCCGGUGUUGCCCACAGCCACGGUGACUGCCAUUUUGGAUACCUUACCGAACCCAACACAACAGUGGGCCCUGACAUUGAAUGGUAUCGAUCCCGAUGCGCUCGAGACACAGGCGGCAGCCAUUGCUGGCAAUGUCGGCUCGCACUAGAUCGACGCUUCUCCAUGGACAAUUAGAUGCUUCGAGAUGGACUCUUUUGACUUUUGUACAAUGUGAUGCAUGAGAUUGGAGCCAGA